UGAAAAUAUGUGUAAUAUGUAAAACAUACUGACACCCCCGGAUUAUUUUUCCAGCAUUAACACUAUAAAUUGCCUCCCAUGCUGGAGAGCUGCCUAUCACACUUGCUAAUCACUACUCACAGUGGCCUCUAGUCCUGCAGGCAUGUACAAUAUGCAGCUUGCAUCCUGUCUUGCACUGACGCUCGCACUCCUUGUCAACAGCGCACCCACUUCAAGCUCUAAAAAGGAAACACAGCAGCACCUCAAGCAGUUACUGCUGGACUUACAGUUGCUUCUGAGCAGGAUCAAUAAUAACAAGAAUCAGAAACUCCCCAUGAUGCUCACGUUUAAAUUUUACAUGCCCAAGAAGGCCACAGAACUGAAACAUCUCCACUGCCUGGAAGAAGAACUUGGAGCCCUGCACCAUGUGCUGGAUUUGGCUCAAAGCAAAAACAAUCUCUUGGAAGAUUUCAUCAGCAACAUCAGAGUAACAGUUGGGAAACUAAAGGGCUCUGAAAACACGUGUGAAUUUGAUGAUGAGACAGUAACUGUGGUGGAAUUUCUGAGCAGAUGGAUCACCUUCUGUCAAAGCAUCACUGCAACAAUGACUCAAUAAUUAUGAGCCUCCUACUUACAACACACAGGAUUUCUAUUUAUUUAAAUAUUUAAAGUUAUAUUUAUUUUGGAUAUAUUGUUUACUAUUUUUUGUAACUAUUAGUCUUCAGAUGAUAAAUAUGGAUCUUUAAAGAUUCUUUUUGUAAGCCCCAAGGGCUCUAAAAAUGAUUUAUUUAUCUGAAAUUAUUUAUUAUAUUGAAUUGUUAACUAUCAUGUCUAUGUAGAUUCAUUA